ACCGCGACACUGUCUAUUACGAAAUGUAAAUUGGAAUGCGCUAGUCUUGAAUUAUCGGGAAAAUAUGGUUACACAGAGACUGCAUUUAAAGAAUCUUAUUCAUGUGAAGAUAAUAAAUUAUCAUGUUAUUGAAAUGUUAUCCCUUAAUUGCAGUUUUACAGCUUGUUUGGAUUUACAAUCUGGAUUGCAUAACGAUAGGAUUAAUAACUAAAGGGACAGAAGGUGUUCACGCCGAGAACGACAUAUCUUACUUCGGAAUAAACAUAUCUCUUCUUAUUUACAAAACUGACACCUUAGAAAUCUAUGAUGUUUUGAGAGCAGUACGAACGCUUGAUCAUGACAAUGGCACUGACGUCAUUAUUCUGUUCGAUUAUGACGUAUCAUUACUUCGUGCACCUGACGUUUUGAGGACAAAAAACAAACAACUAAUCAUAUGGGGAGCACGGAAACUUGACAGUAUUCAAACAAAUACUUCCAAGAAAAGUAAAAUUUAUAUAGACCCUGAAAAUAUAUGUGGAACUGAAAAUAUACCCGCUCUCAAUCAUGAAGACCAUCAUUGCAAUAAGGACCUAAUGACGCCACGAGAACAAAGGGACGAAAUGCUGCUAUCAAUUCUAGGUCCACAAACAAUGACCAUUUUAGUAAAACGUUUGCAGUGGAAUAAAGUAUUCAUUUUGUACGAGAAGGCAACGGAAAUGGAAACGUCAGAUCUUGUCGGAUUGUUAUCCAAAGAGAAAAUUCUUCUGUCUUUAUUUGAAGUGAACCAUGAAACAUCCGUGCAUGAUCUAUUGUUUAGAAUUUACCAAACAAAGGAACACCACAACGAUGAAAUCAAGGUUGUAGUAGUCUGUCGACUGUCAUGCGCUCGUAACAUAUUAAAACAGGUAUCAAAUCAAUAUACUUGA